AAUUCAGCCAAGUCUUUACGAUAUUUUAGCACAGAUGACUGCAAUGGGAAGAAAUCUCAAGCAAAGAAGUUGAGUUUGAAAAAUGUCGAUGUGACGGGAAAAAAAGUUUUUAUGAGAGUGGACUUUAAUGUACCCAUGAAAGAUGGUAAAAUAACAAACAAUCAACGUAUUGUGGCUGCCCUUCCAAGCAUAAAAUAUGCUUUGGAUAAAAAGUGCAAAGUCUUUAGUUUUGGCUUCCCACUUGGGACGUCCUGAUGGCAAAAAGGACAAGAAGUUCAGCCUGGAGCCGGUGGCCAAGGAGCUGGAGAAGGUGCUGGGAAAGCCGGUCUGUUUCCUAGAAGACUGUGUCGGUGAUCAGACUCUGGAAGCUCUGAAGGAUCCGCCCGAAGGCAGCGUCCUGCUGCUGGAGAACCUACGCUUCUACGCCGAGGAGACGGGCAGCAGCAAGGAUGAGAACAAGAAGAAGGUCAAGGCCGAUCCCCAGAAGGUCAAGGAGUUCCGGGCCAAGUUGGCGCAGCUUGGCGAGAUUUAUGUGAAUGAUGCCUUCGGAACCGCCCAUCGUCCGCACAGUUCCAUGAUGGGCGAUGGCUACAAGGUGCGUGCCGCCGGCUUCCUUUUGGACAAGGAACUCGAGUACUUUGCCAAGGUCCUCCACAAUCCAGCGACUCCCUUUUUGGCAAUUUUAGGAGGCGCCAAGAUAGCAGAUAAAAUUCCACUGAUUACCAAUCUCCUGAAUAACGUAUCCGCCAUGAUAAUAUCCGGUGGCAUGGCUUUUACAUUUCUAAAAGUCCUCAACAACAUGGAGAUUGGAAAGUCCCUGUUCGACGAGAAGGGAGCCAAAAUGGUAGAUGAUAUUGUCUGCAAGGCAAAGGAUAAGAAUGUGAAUAUACUAUUUCCGGUUGACUUCGUGAUCGCCAACAAGAUCGACCAGAAGCCGGAUAAAAUCGAUUUUGUUGAGGCUACCAAGGGCAUACCAAAGGAUAUGAUGGGUCUGGAUCAUGGCGAGAUAUCCAGUGCCCUGUUUGCAGGCGCCAUUUGUGCAUCCAAAACGAUAGUUUGGAAUGGGCCGCCUGGUUUGUUCGAGAACGAGUUAUUCUCCCAGGGCACCCAGUCCAUGUUGGAGGCGGUAAUCGGAGCCACUAAAAGGGGAGCCACCACAAUUGUGGGCGGAGGUGAUACGGCCACGGCUUGCAUGAAGUUCGGUGGAGCGGACAAGGUAUCACAUGUGUCCACCGGUGGAGGAGCUUCGCUGGAGCUGCUGGAAGGAAAGAUUCUGCCAGGAGUGGCUGCUCUCUCAGAUGCCUAAAAAUAAUCCUUAUUCUAGUUAAUUUACAUUACUAAACAGAGUUUCGCAAAAUACAAAGUUAAGUUUUA